CAAAAACAUUGGCACAACGGUCUGAACUAAAAGUGCACAAGAUGGUAAAGGAAUUGUUUUAAACUGAUUAUUUGACUUCAAUACUGUGUUUUCAUCUCUUGUUUACUGUUCCUGAUAAGCGUUUUAUGGGAAUACUACAUUGCAGUCAUGUCCUCUUCGGAUCAUCUGAAGACAGAUUGGACAAUCAAGUCACUCCCACAGCAAUGCACAGAGAUGACAAAAGACAUUGAUGAUAAACCUGUCAAGGAGCUAUGUGUUAUAUUCCCCUGGAUGGUGGAGAGGGUUGUUGGCAGCCUGGAUGGCAGCACUGUUGGUUGGAGUCUUUCUUCUCUGCAAGCCCACAGCAGUGACUACAGCAAUGUACUGGAGUUCCUACAACCAAGUGGCCCAAUGCUGAAACUUGUUUAUAAACUUCAAGCUGAAGACUACAACUUUGAGAUCCAAGUCGCCAAUUUACCUGGGGUCAUUUCAAAUAGCCGGAUUUUCCUCAAUAAAUUACCCUCUCAGAAUCAUCAGAGAUUGUCACUCAGUAUCCUUUUUUACAAUGUUUGACGCAAUGACAACUAUUACUAAGUAUUAUUGAACUUUGUCCACUUUAGUUUAGCGUUGUUCUUAACUGUCACCAGAUGCCUUUGAGUACUUCAUGUUUUAUUUUGCCACAAGUGUCAUUACACAGAGGGUAGGCUGAAGUGCUAUUCCAUUUCAUUUGUUUCAAAUAUUAAUAAAGUCAAUCCAUUGCCAAUGCUAUCUCAUUUUGUAACCUGGGUGUUCUCUGUUUUUAAUUGUUAAAUUAGGAUCACCACUCAGGGCAGCAAACCUCCAUCUCAAACAGUGUCUACUUUGCCUUGGUGGAUGCAUAUUUCAAACACUU